CCAUGGAGUGCAAUUUUUGCACUUGAUCGCUGUGGUUCUUCCGUUAUUCAUAUAAAUUCCAAUGGAACAUUCAAUGACAAUUAACUUUAAAUUCCGUUUCUGGACAGAUAUUUUCAAAACAUCAACGCUUCGAUAGUAUUUCCGGCGGAUAGGGAGCUAUUCUCAUUGGUUGGGAUUUUCCCCAGAUUCGUGCACGAAUGUACAUACUGCUGUAAAUACUGCAUAUAUAAAUGGCUCUUUAAAUAUUUUUCAUAUUAAACGAAAGACCUGUUCGAACAGUUUAGAAAACUAUUCUUUUAUUUUUUCAAUGAUAAAAAUAACAUAGAUCCGCUGAAAUAGUGAAAAUUAUCAACCGAGAUUGUCGAAGUAUUAUGAAUUGCUGGUUUAUCACAUAUAGUCUUUCACACUUGAUCGAGCAGAAGGUGUGAAAUAGAUACCGCAAACCUAAGGGUACAUGUGACUGUUCGAUAAAGUAUAAAUUGUCAGUGUGAUAUACUCGUUUAAAGAAGAAGAUAUAAUUGAAGAUGUUUAAAAGGUGUAUAAAUCUAUGUCUAUCGCCGAAUAUGCAAUCAAGGUACCAAAGUAUAUUAUCGAAAGCGAAGGCGAAGGAAAGAAGAAACCUGCUGUUCGAAGAAGAGGCGAAAAGACAAAGAAAAGCCAUAGGAAGGAUAGAAAAAAUAGAAGUGAAAUAUCAAUCUCCGGUGGAGGAAGUUACCCUAGUAAUGAACAAAUAUAUAUCUACUCCUGCAGAUUGCGCCAAACACAUUUCGGAGGGUGCGUCCAAAGUAUCGGCUCUGGCUAUGGUGAACGGAACACCGUGGGAUAUGCAGAGGCCUUUAACGUCGGAUUGUGAACUGAAAUUUUUAAAUUUACUCAGCCCAGAAAAUAGAGUAGUGAACACGGCCUUUUGGAGAACUUGUUCGUUCUUGCUGGGUGCCGUUAUAGAUUCUUCGUUCAAAUCGGACGUAAAAGUUUAUCUGUACAGUUUCCCGGUGCCUGUCAUAAAAUUAGGUAGCUUCAUAUACGACGUGUACGUAGAAUUUCCUGAUUGGAAGCCGACAGAUCAGGAAAUGCGCGCUUUAUCCGCUCAGUACGUUAGGUUAUCGAACGAAGAAUUACCCAUCGAAAGGAUAGUAACUACGGAAAGCGUCGCGAUCGAUAUGUUUCGCGAUAAUCCUUUGAAAUUGGAACAGAUACCAGAAAUAGCCAAGUCGAACAACAAGAAAGUAACGUUGUACAGAGUCGGACAACACAUAGACAUCAGUAAAGGGCCAAUGAUAGGCAAUACAUCGUUGAUAGGGCGUUGCACGAUCGCUGCCGUUCAUAAAUUACCGAAUAAGGAGAAUCUGUACAGAUUCCAAGGCAUAGCUCUCCCGAAGGGAAUUCGUUUGAAUCAGUACGCAUACGGUAUAUUAGAAAAGCGGGCUAAAAAAUUGAAUACGAUAACGUUGCCGUAUUUGUCGAGCGAAAACGAGGACGAGGAUAUCGCGGAAAUAUCCGCGAAGAAUUAACAGUUGGACGUCUCUAAAACGUCUCUAAUAGUAUAAAAUAAAACUACGUACUCUGUAUGUUUUUAUUUUGUAAUUCUUCGAUACCUGUAUAUAAAAACCAAGCGAAAUAGCAAUGGUCGCUAACCUA